GACUCCGUCCCCAAAUGUAUACUAAUGGGACGGAGGGAGUAUGAAUUUAGAAUAAACAAGAUUUCCUGAACCACCCCGGCCAAACGACCCCUUUGAUCGUUGAAAGCGAAGAAACCAAAAACCCUAAAUUCCCAAAAAGUUAGUAGACAUGGAAAUGGAAAUAGACAAUCCUGAAGAAAUUAAAGCAGAUGAAGUGUUCAAAGCAGCCGAGUCAGGCGAUUCAUCAGUCUUCGACUCACUCUCUCCCCAAAAUCUCCUCAAAAUCCUAUCUUUCCGAAACGAAGACCAGCGCUCUCUCCUCCACGUCGCCGCCUCUUCUGGACGCACUCAGGUGGUGAAGAUACUAUCGGCUUUUGAUCCGUUAGUAAGUGGUAUAAACAGUGCUGAUGAGGAAGGUUGGGUUCCUUUACAUUCUGCUGCAAGUAGUGGCAAUGUUGAGAUUGUCGAGCUUCUGCUCACUAGAGGAGCUGAUGUUAAUCUGAAGAAUAAUGGCGGUCGCACUGCCCUUCACUAUGCGUCUAGCAAGGGUUGGUUGAAAAUAGCUCAACUUUUGAUUGCACAUAAUGCUAAGUUGAAUGUGAAGGAUAAGGUUGGAUGCACCCCACUGCAUCGUGCAGCGAGCACUGGUAACGGGGAGCUCUGUGAAUUUCUCAUUGAAGAAGGCGCAGAGGUUGAUGCUGUUGAUAGGGCAGGUCAAACUGCCCUUAUGACUGCAGUGAUCUGUGACAACAGAGAGGUGUCUCUACUACUGAUAAGACAUGGAGCGGACGUGGACGUAGAAGACAAAGAAGGGUACACUGUACUUGGUCGAGCUUCAAAUGAUCUAAGACCACUACUAAUCGAUGCUGCCAAGGCAAUGCUUGAAGGAUGAACAAGUUGUGGUUGUGGUCUUGUAAUUCCAAAUGGUAAUGAAAAAUGAAACUUUGGAAUGAUUAGGCUAUGGAGCUUUUGAAAACCUGUUAAAAGAAAUGAAAAAAUGUAUUUAAGUCGGGGUGGUCGGAUGGGUCUGAAGAAUCUGUAGUUGUAGUUGAAAGAAACAGUUAAUGCUUCGUAUUUAGUUGUUUCUUAUGUUCCAAAUACAAUUUUUGUUUUGUUCC